ACUUCGGCAAAGUCAUCAACAGUCAAUCAAGAUUAUCCUCUCCGCUCUCUCGACAUCGUAACCUUCCUCAAAAUGGCGACUCGAAGCGCAGCUCUCAAGCUUGACUGGACCAAGGUCACCAGCUCCCUCGGUCUCCGUGGCCAGACCGUUGCCUCCCUGCAGGCCUUCAAGAAGCGCAACGAGGACGUCCGCCGUAAGGUUCAGCAGCUCCAGGAGCAGCCCACCACCGUCGAUUUCUCCCAGUACCGAUCCAUCCUCAAGAACCAGGCUAUCAUCGAUGAGAUCGAGAAGCGAUUCAGCGCCUUCAAGCCUGUCACCUACGAUGUUAGCCGACAACUGAAGGCCAUCGACGCUUUCGAGGCCGAGGCUGUCAAGAACGCCGAGGCUACCAAGGAGGCCGUUGACCUUGAGCUUAAGGAUCUUGCCGCUACCCUCAAGAACAUUGAGGAGGCCCGACCAUUUGAGGAGCUCACUGUCGACGAGGUUGCCGCUGCCGAGAAGUCUAUCGACGAGAAGACUGAUCAGCUCGUUUCCAAGGGCCGAUGGAUGGUGCCAGGAUACAAGGAGAAGUUCGGCGACUUGGCUGUGGUUUAAACGAAUCGCGAUAUACCUUUUCCGGCUUCGCGUUGUGUACUCUAGCAUUGUAGAUACGAGAUCCCGAGGGAGAACCCGGCUUGUCUCAUUUCCAAUUCGCUACAUUUUUUCCUCUGUGCUUCAUAAUGAAAUGGUUACUGGGUUGUUGAGAAUGCGGUUUGAUGUUCCCAGACCAACCUCGGGCUUCUCCCAUUGAUGUCUCUUGAUGGCCCAAUUCACGCCGAGCCGCCUUGUUCUUUGUUCUCGUCACUUUCGAGUGCUGUCUUGGGAUUUAUUUUGGAAUGAACCUUCACUCCUUCGUCGAUAUUCGGCCCAAUACCUAUCGAGUAUGGAGGCAGUCAUUUCAGGAGGUUGAACAAUCCGAGGGAGAUGUUGGCCGAAUUUCUAUAUGGGCACCUAAUGUACAGGACAAUCUCUUGAAGUACCCAAAGUGAACCGUAAUCUAACUGUAGGCACGCCAUCCGAUCGAGUUCAUUCUGUUCGGCAAUGUUUUAGUCAUCUGUAUCAUUACUCAUAUCUUGGUAUACCCUAUAUCUGAGAACAACUUGAGAGUUAAGUCCAAGUCAGGUGUCUGACUACAUGAAAGGCAGUAUACUAUUUGGAAUAGUUGCUCAUAUUCGAAUUCCAGGAGUGGGUUUGAGCUUCUUGUGGGUUUUUCAUAGGUUACCUGUUUAGUUACUAGACUCCUGUAUCUUCUUUGUUUUAACACAGGCUUGGCUUUUCCGAUAUGAGAGUCCUCUACUCAAAGGAUGUUAUUGACCAAAACUGCGAGGCUCUAGAUAUUCAGACCUAGCUCUAGAUAAUAGGUAGUCUCAUACAGUAUCUUUGC